AUGACUUCAGCACAACAACCAAAAGGUAGGGGACGCGGUCGUGGAACGGCAUGCGCCACCGUUGCCCCACCAGUCCCUGCAAUUACUUCUGUUACCGAUGAAUUACCAAUUUCUUCUACUCCAGAGAACACUGCACCAUCUCCUUCAUCCCUGGCAGAUGACACAAUUUCAGCGACUUCUCAAAAAAGCACCACCGACACAACAAAAAGCACAGAUACUGGGUUUGCUUCUACUUCAAGUAAUGUGAAUCAACCAACAACAACUUCGUCGACUGUACCACGUGGUCGAGGACGCGGAGGAGAUCCAAAACGAAUCGAUCCACCACCGGACCCCUUUUGGACUGUUACCGAUCUCACUCAACGACAAUUCAGCACCAACGACCGACCGAUCAAACCCGAUCAACUCGGCACUCUCGGACAACAAAUCGACGUGGCUACCAACUACUUUCCCGUCCUCCACUUUCCACAAAAAGGUCUCGUCUACAAAUAUCACAUUCUCAUUCGAAACAGGAAAAAUCUCGAUAUUCACAGAGAUCGACGACGCAUCUUCUAUCACUCUUGGCUUCUGGCAUUCUGUCGACAGAAUCCACAAGUGAACAAGAACAAGAUCGUCUUCGACAACCAGUCAACGAUAUUCAGCUUCGAUGAGCCACUUCCUGGCAUCACAGAAAAUACCCCUGCACAAAUCAUCGACGGUCCCAAUCGCUCAAAUCGACAAGAACCACACAAAGUCAUCGUGCAACGAGUGGGAACGCCAGUUGAUCUUGCACUGAUCCGAAAUCUGGACGAGCUCUUCGACCCAUCAUCACUCACGAAUGAGAGAAUCGAAGAUUUGCAAGAGGUGAAGCAGGUGCUGUCAGUGGCACUACACGAGCACUGCUCAUCACAAGCAUCAUUUGUGUUCACUCGUUCGUUCUUCACUCCGAGCACUGACGGACGUGGUUGUGAAUGGGAUCUCGGGCUGGGCAAAGCAGCGUGGCGUGGAUUCUACUCGUGUCUGGUAUUUUCCAAGGGCAAACAUCAGUUAUUGAUGAAUCUAGAUGUGAAACAUUCUGUUUUCAUGAAGAAGCAGUCGUUUUUGGAUUUUGUGUGUGAAGUGAUGGUGCAAAGUCCCAGCGGAAAAGCCAAAUAUAGUAGACAGAGAGAUGUGCGAAUGGCCGAUAGUCGUGAUGUUUUGCAAUGGCUUGAUGUAAGAAACCGAAACUAUCGAAAUGAUGCUGAGUUUUUGUUGAAGCAUUGUAAACAUCUUCGAGUGCGCUCGCAGGCUGCAGACAAGCCAAUCAGUUAUGAGAUAGUGAAACUUGGACGCCCUGCAUCAGAGGAAAAAUUUCAUUGGAAGCAAGAAAAAUGUGACGUGACAAUUGAAGAAUAUCACAAAAAACAAUACAAUGUCGAAUUGAAGUAUCCAUCAUUACCGACGUUAGAGAUGCGUAAUGGGUCGUUUCUCCCAAUGGAACUGGUCGAUGUCGAGCCUGUGAGAGUGAAGAAAGUGACUGACGAACAGAGAGCCACGAUGUGUAGUGUGUCAACGAUGAAACCGCUGGAAUAUGAGAGAACAAUCAAGCAGAUACGUGCCGAUCCAAAGAAGCAGCGUUUCGAAGCUGAUCCAUUUGUGGCUGCAUGGCAGAUGAAUAUAGACGUAAAAAUGGUGACAGUGCCAGCUCGCGUUUUGCCGGUGCCAGAAGUAGUUUAUCGGGAUGACCAUCGAGUAACUUCGAGGGAUGUUAGAGAUGUAGGAACUUGGGAGGCUAGGGGAGCUCGCUUUCACACACCAUCAGCAUUUCCACGUGUAUGGGCAAUGAUCAAUCUGUCGAGGAUUCAUAGAGAUGAUUGUGAACAGUUCUACAUUCAAUUGAGUGGAGCUGCACGACGACAUGGGAUGCAAUGUAGCGAACCUGAACUAUACGAAGAGUUUGUAGCUACCACGGAUCGUUCAUAUUCGAUUGAGAAGGUGGUAGAUAAUAUUAAAGAAAAGAUGAACAAGAAUCAGGACUGCAAGUUUUUCAUCGUGAUCCUACCGUCAAAAAGUUUGUCGAAACAAAACAAAGAAGCUUAUAGAGAUCUGAAAAAACUGUGCGAGCUGGACACGGGUGUCGGGAUCGUCACUCAAAUGAUUGAGGAAAAAAAUGCUCUCAAAGGAUCAAGGAAACGUCCUGACGAUUGGGACCUUGCGAAGUUGAGCAAUAUACUGCUGAAAAUCAAUACAAAACUAGAUGGUACCAAUAGUAUACUUCGAGUCCCGCCAGUCAUCGAGCGAUUCUUCACCCAGGGUCAUCGUAUUAUGUAUGUCGGUGCUGAUCUUAGCCAUCCUGCUCCCGGUGCCACCACGCAGCCUUCAGUAGUUGCCGUCGUCGCAUCUGCUGAUGACAUACCCAACCGAUACUUCAAAGAAGUCUACCAACAGUUUCGACCACCUCAAACACGAGGCGAAAGUCGAGAACAUAUCGUCAGUCUCAAGCAGAUCAUGAAGUCACUCAUCUCACAAUAUGCAAAACAUCGAGGAUUUCCACCCAAUGCCAUCGUCUUCUAUCGUGAUGGCAUCUCAGAGGGCGAAUUCGAUUCUGUCUUCGAUAAAGAGCUCACGAGCAUACGAGAAGCUUGCGUCGAGCUGUCACCUGUCUAUCGUCCGUACCUGACAUACAUUGUUGUCAGCAAACGACAUCACACAAAACUCUUUCCAGCAAAAUCAGACAAGAACGUACCAGCAGGCACUGUUGUCGAUUCGCCUGACAUCACCAAUCCAACCAAAUACGACUUCUAUUUGUGUAGUCAUCACGGUGCACUCGGAACAAGUCGACCGACACACUAUUAUGUCUUGUACGACGAUAACAAGUUGAAACCGGACGAAGUGCAGAUGCUAACCUAUGCUUUGUGUUAUACAUUUGCUCGAUGUACUCGUUCGGUGUCGAUUCCUGCACCAGUGAAGUAUGCUGACUUGUUAGCUAUUCGUGCGACACUGUAUAUCAAGAGUGAUGAUCAGUCCGAUACUGACUCGGUGUCAUCUGAGACUCGCUUACCGGUGAAUCAAAGUACCAAUGUGGAAGGUGGUGUGAGAAGCGAACGUAUCGUUCUGAGCUCUAAAAUCGCUCCUGAGUGCCCAUUCUUUUUAUAA